AUGCACAAAGAUCCUGCAAAGUCCUUGAGUGCCUACAACGACCUGAGGUAUGAUGUUGUACUGAACUUGAAAAUGUUCCAUAUAAUUGGAAGCCCGUUAGCUAAAGCAAGAGGGCAGAACAUGACCGUUUUUUUUUUUAAUAGGCUUGGCUAUUAUCCUUGGUACACAUCACAGGAAGUCCCUGUUAGUGGUGGCCUGCCCCAGAACUUUGGUUUGCAAACUCAUCUGGAAAAAGCCGGUCGUGACAUUAACUAUUACAUUCCAGCUAAGGACUUCAGUGGGUUAGUUGUCAUACACUGGGAGCACUGGAGACCUCAGAGGCCUAAAAGUGCAAAAGCUUCUGUGAAGGAAACAAUUGCAUUAGGAAUGAAAAGCAGACCAAAGGGCCUGUGGGAAUGCUAUUUAUACCCUGACUGUCACCAUUACAAUUUCCAUGAUCAGAACUACACUGGUUCCUGCCAGAGUGAAGUUCUGAGGAACAAUGAACUUUCCUGGCUCUGGGAUAGCAGUGCAGCCCUGUAUCCUUCCAUAGGCAUUAAAAAAUUCUUUGGAAACAGUCAAAACAUUUUGCACUUUUCUCAGUUUAGGCAAGAUCUUAUUAACACUAUUGGAGAGAGUGCUGCCCUGGGAGCUGCAGGUAUUGUUAUUUGCGGAGAUAUGAAUUUAACCUCUUCAGAAAGCAACUGCACAGAAGUGCAAAGAUUUGUUGAUUCUGAACUAGGGCCUUACGUUACCAAUGUCACAGCAGCAGCUGAGGUGAACAGUAAGCAUCUUUGUCAGGACAAUGGAUGUUGUGUGCAAAAAACCUGGAGAGCCCUGACAUAUCAACAUUUGAAUUCUAAGAGCUUCCAGAUAGAUGUCUCAGAGGACCAAGGAUUUAUUGUGAGAGGAGAAGCAUCAAAUGAAGACCUGGAAAUAACGGCAGAGACAUUUGCUUGCCAAUGUUUUCAGGGUUAUGAAGAAACUGACUGGGGGAAGGUAAAGUUGCUGGUGACCAUCCAAGGAGCUCUGCAGACUCUGUCUCACCCAGAAGAUUUGCAUGAUCUGCCUGCUUCCUUUGCCUUUGAUGAGUCUUUUCUAACUACUGCUUAG